AUGUCGUGGUUGCGACUCGAUCCCACGCCGCGCGUCGUUCUGCUCGGCACGCACCCGUCGCUGGCGUCGGUGGCGGCGGAGUUUCCGAACCACGUGAGCGUGGAUGCUGACGUGGACACAAAUCUCGAAGGCACGCCGCUUCUAAAUUCAGUCCUUGCGCGCAUCCAAGCUUUCGGCGCAGCGUCGACCGCGGCCGCGUCGCCCCACUGUGACUUAGUGGUGCUAGUGGAUCCGGACGUGCUCCUAUUUAACGACGUCUUAUUCGCGGCGCGCCGACUCGCGUCGCGAUUUUCCUCCUUCGUUACACUCUCUGCUCCCUGGGAUGUCCACACCUUCCGCUUCUCGCUCGACAGCCUCCCUCCGCACAUCCACCCUUCGUCUUCCUCAGCCGCAUCUCGCGACAGGUUCCCCACCCACGUUGCUGCGCCCGCCCCGUCAAGCGGCGCUUUCUCCACCCGGCGCCGCCGAUCUGCGCGGGUUUGGGACAGCCCGGAUCAGGCGGACUCUGGCGAGGUCAACGGGGUCAACGAGCAGGAGAUACGAGAUUACGUCCGCCAACGCGGGCAGCUGAACGUGGCGGCAGGUGCGACCGUCCUCAUGUGGAACCGUCCCGCGGCGCCGCUUCUCCAUCCCAGCAUCGCCAUCCCGCCCUUCUUCCUCGGCCGCGGAAGCUACCUCCGCUGGCUCGUAGCGCGCGCCGCUGGCUCCCUCUCCGCCACCGCCGCCAACGGUACUAACGGUAACAGUGACGGUAACGUCACGGCGCAAGUUGGACGCGCUGCGACGGAGCUGGAGGCGGGUGACGAGGCUGGCGUGCCGGCGGCGGCGUGGCGGGACGACCCGGAGUCGCGACACGCGGUUGAUGCAACAGAUGCGGUGACGGCGGUGCGCGUGUUCUCCGCGUUGGACGCGCAGCGGGAGGCCCAACUCGUCGUCGAGAAACGUCGCGGCGAAACAGGCGUCGCUGAAAAUAGCGCCGGAACUGGCGGCCGGAGGAAGAAGGCUGGAUUCGUGUCGCGGCUCGCGCGCUCGAUUUCGCCGCGGCAGGUUCCGCAAAGGCGGAGGCUUCUAGGUGGGGCGGAGAGCGCGCACGCGGGGAGAUCGCACCACAGCAGCGGAAAAGGGUCACUUUCCGCCGAGUCGUCCUCCUUCGGGCAGGGAGCGCUGUGGCAGCCGCUGCCCGGGAAAAACGCGAAGCGGUGGGAGGUGUACGCGAAUGCGCACACGGCUCGGAUCCAGCGGCUCGCUGGAGGCUUAAGCAUUGAAGGCGGUUCGUUGAGCCACGCGCCCUGGCGACUCGCUCCCUGCUUCGUGCCUGGAGGUGAAUCCAUGUGUCUUAUGCGACGUCGCCGACCUGGUAACUGCUCGUGCGAACACACGCCAUUCGCGGGCAGGUCUACGGGCGACACGCGGCCGUUCGACGCGAACUGGUUAUCGUGCGGCGGAACAGGGAUGGAGCAGAAUCUAGACGCAGAUCUUCUCCGGGACUUGCGGUCAGGACCUCACGGCGCGGAUCCCAGUCUAUCCUCACUAGAAGACGAAUUCGCUCUAGGAUUAGAAGACAUGGGUGGGCUUCGCUUGCCAUCUUCGACCCAAACUGAGCCAACCGUGGCGAAAAAUAAUUCGCUGACUGCAGCUGUCGCCGAAGCUACACUUUCUGCUAGGGACGGUAUGAGUCACUCGACAAAAGGAAAGAAGGCCUCCACGUCGGAGGGGAAUCAGGUUGCAGCGCGUACAUCUGCUCACGUGGCGUUUUGGAGGGGUAGUGAGGGUCUGCCGCAUUCGCUGGAGCAGCUGCUGCCAAUCGUUGCGGGCGAGAAGCAAGCGGUCAUCUUAUUAGCAGCUUCGUUUGAAGACAGGGAGGCUGCUAUGAACAGUAUCUGCAGAUUGCGCAACCUUGGGAUGGGCAGCUACAUUUUGGCCGCUUUGGAUGCGCGCAUGUACGCAUAUGCCUUUCUUCAAGGCAUCCCCGUGUUCAUGCACCAGGCAUCAAUUUCCAAUCAGUCCGCGAAUGCUGCAUCAUCAAACGACAUGUCCUCUGCUUCCCGAUUGGCCGCAGUCGCCCCAGUCCUGAUGAUGCAGAUUCUCCGCCUAGGUUAUUCCGUCCUAUGGGCUGAUGUCCACACAGUCUGGUUCUCCAACCCCCUCCCGUACCUCCUCUCCCUAGACUCCAACACUCUAGCCGUGCAGAGCAUGUCACCCAACAUGCGUCAAGCACCCAACUCUGCUCGGAUCAUUGGCGCUGGGGUCAUGUUUGCUCGGCCUUCUCACCUCUCCCUCAAGGCUUUGGCCUCGGUGGUGGCUUAUACAGCUGCUGUGAGAGCGGAGGCAGGGGAGGAGGGAGGGAGUGCAGGUGGGAGUGGAGCGGAGGGCGAGGAGGAAGUGGAAGAAUAUAAGGCGUUUCACGAUGUGCUAUGUGGCGAGGGCGGCAGAUUCAAGGCUGGCCAGGACUUGUGCCGGUGGAACAAUGGCUUUAAGGUCGUCUUCCUAGACAGAAGGCUCUUCCCUGCUGGCAGCAACACGGGCAUCUGGGACACUCCUCCGAGCCUGGGUGGCUUGGGCCGGACCUGCGAGAAGCUUGGGUGCAUUGCGGUGCAGAACAGAGGGGUGAGAGGUCGAGCAACCAGGGCAGAAAGGCUUCACGCUCAUGGGCUUACGGCGUAUGAUUCUGGAAGGCGCAUGUGCAUUCGCAGCUGGGGGGUGGUGGAGCAGGGAGCGCAGCAGGUUCAAAGACAUUUCAUGAGGAGAUGA